AUGUACGCGAAAAUUGAGACAGAACGUCUAAAUUUUAUUCGAUAUAAUCAAUGUAAACUACGUGUAGACAAUUAUAUACAUUUACAAGACUCUAUCAAUAAUGAAAUUGAUCCUAAAGAUAUAGGACAAUUAGUUGUUUUGCCAUCCUCAUUUACAGGUGGUCCAAGGUAUAUGCAUGAAAGGACCCAGGAUGCUAUGACUUAUGUAAGAUUAUAUGGAAAACCAGAUAUAUUUUUAACAUUUACAUGCAAUCCAAAUUGGUCUGAAAUACAGGAAAAUUUAUAUCAAGACCAGCGGCCAGAAGACAGACAUGAUUUAAUUGCCCAAUGGCAAAAACGAGGUUUGCCACAUGUUCACAUUUUAAUUUGGUUGGAAAAUAAAAUCCGACCUGACGAUAUAGAUUCCCUUAUAUGUGCGGAAAUUCCUGACCCAAUACAAGUUCCAAUUUUACACGAAAUAGUUAGAAAAAAUAUGAUACAUGGUCCAUGUGGUACCUUUAAUGGAAACAGCAAAUGCAUGUCUAAUGGGAAAUGCAAAAAAAAAUUUCCAAAACAUUUUACCACUACAACUAUAUCUGGAGAAGAUGGUUAUCCCAAUUACAGAAGAAGAUGUAUUAAAAGUGGAGGAUUCAGUGUGAAAAUUAGUUGUUCAGAUCAGGCUACAUUUCCUGUAGAAAAACAAAGUAAAGAUGAAAUAACUUCAUAUCAAUCUGGUAGAUAUGUUAGUUCUUCAGAAGCUGUAUGGCGUAUUUUAUCUUUUCCUAUACAAGAGAGAUAUCCAUCUGUUUUCCAUUUAUCUGUUCACCUGGAAAAUGGUCAACGAGUGUAUUUCACAACAAAUAAUGUUACUGAAAAGAUAAGCAAACCACCAACAACUACUCUUACUGCAUUUUUUGAACUUCUCGAGGACAUACAGCACGUCUGA